AUGGACUCUCGCAACCCCGAGAGUCAAACUCUAUCGGGGGAGGAAUAUCGACCACACAACCUUGAAUCUCCCACAGACAUCCACUGUCAUCAAUCUUCAAUGCAUGCCCUAGACAUACAUGCGUCACCGGGAGAAUUUGACAAGUCUAGUAAAAUCACAAACGUUAACGAAUACAUUACAUCCGAUACAAGAGCUCCGCCCGUUAGCCUUCGCAAAACUAACUAUGGUUUGGAUGGAGUUUUUGAUAUAGUAUUUGAUGGCGAGUUUGACCAAGACGGAGGUGUCUUAUCUCACGAAGAUUCCGAUGUAUAUGUUAUAAUACCACGUGGGGCAAUUCCCGUAGGAAUAAUUCAGAAGGUCGUUGUGCGUGUCAGCCUAUCACACUCUUUUUUCAGAGGCAGUUUGGAAACGAGCCACAUUCCGAUGACACCGGUUGUAGAAUGCCUCGCUCCCGGACUUGACAGAUUCCUGAAGCAUGUCACAGUCAGGCUACCACAUCACGUGAAGAUGACAGGCUCUAAUUUGAAGUUCAAGCUUCAUUUUAGCCAAUCGCUGCCCGGAAAUCGUAUGACAUGGAACUCUAUGACUCACACCGGUCAGAAAGAAGCCAAUAACAUCGUGAAUGAAGUGCAUUGCACUCUAGAUGGGAAGUACGUGAACGUGCACACAAAACACUUCACAACAUUUAAAUGCUCCUGUGGCAAAGACGUUUCUCUGAAUUUAGAGGCAGUCGCUUUCGGAGAUCACCAAGUAUUUGACAAACAGGAACUGGCGGUUAAGGUGUACAUCUGUUAUCGAACUAAAGAUUAUUUGGAACGUUUGGCGGUCAACGAGGGAAAAAAUCAGAGGUCCGAAUAUAUUCCUCUCAAUGCUAGACAUAACGCAGAACCGUAUGAAAUAACAUGCCUUGGUGAUCGUGGGGCGGAAGAUCCAUGGACCUCCUGGAAAUUGAACGACCAUGGUGGUGCAUAUCCCGCUAAACAGGUGAUGCAACUAAUGGACAUCGUUCGCCACUGUUCGGAUGGCGUCUCCCCACAUCGUCGGUUUGUAUUUGUACCGUCGGAUGACGAAUGGAAAACUAAUUUUAAAGUGUUGUUUUCUGUGAAGCAACCCUCAGACGAAGAUGUUAACCAUGUACCGCUUAACAUGAAGUGUGGUGAGACAAGAAUUAAGCGUAUAACAUCGUCAUCAAGUGUUGGUUCCCUUUCUAGUGACCUAGAAUUCAAAACCCAUGAAAUUAGAAAGAUUUCUUCGAAAAUAAAAACAAUUUCUGAAAUGAAGAAUCUCCUACGCAUUCUACUCGAAGACGCAGAUGACCUUGAACCAACUAUGGAGAACAUUGACCACGAUUACGCGCCACAGGGGGCGGAUGAGGUGAAGUAUCAACUACUAUCGUUGUGGAAGAGUAGGAUGGGAAUGAAGGCAUCAGUCUCAGAUCUCACGAACGCAUUGCAGGAAUGUAAACUUAACAGUGUCGCGGAAAAAUUAGAGUCAACCGUAUAG